AUGGAAGGAGUUGAGCUACUAGCAGAGGAUCAGCAAAAACUUUUUAACCUUAUGCUAAAAGUCAAUCAACAGCAAACACAGGAGAUAACUGCGAAAAUUGAAGCUACAACUACCAACCUCUCUACAACCAUACAAGAAACAAAGCUAGAAAUUGACUCAAUUAAGAAACGGUGCAGUUUUAUAGAAAAAAAACUACGGAAAAACAAUAUAGUGAUCUUUGGAGCAAAAAGCCAACCGCAACAAACUGCUGGUCUAUUAACAAGUUGUGUCACUCUGUUGAAUAAUCUUCUCGGAACCAACAUUAGUGAACAAGACAUAAAUAACAUAUACAAAAUAGGUAAAGAAGAAAAUCCACCAAUUGUAAUAGAAUUUAUUUCAUACCUGAAAAAGCUUACCGUCUACGAGAAUAAAGAAAACUUGAAAAAGCUUAAAGAACACGGUAUAACUAUUUCCAACGACCUAAGCCCAAGCGAACGAGAAGAACAAAAGCUCUUGCGAAAACAUUUGCAAAUUGCUAGAACACAAAAUCACGAAACAAAAAUCCUAGGAAAUAAACUCAUAAUAGAUAACAUGGAAUACACCCCACAAGAAUUAAAGGAAAUUGAGGCAAAUGCUAGUCACUCUGAAAGUGCCGAGGAAGAAGAAAACGAAGCAAUCAAAAAUACCGAGAAAUCCGAAAAAACCGGAAGGAACAACAAAGACAAGAAACCAGUGGCGCAAAGAAACAACGAACGACAAACGAAACGAAAGAGACUCAUGGUCAAAUAUAGUCCCAAGUACACCAGGAAUACAAAAAAAUCAGAAUCCUAA